UUCUUCCUAUUCUAUCCCCCUUGGUUCUUUAUUUUCUUUAUUUCCGUACCCACUCUCCCCUCUCCCUUCCACCUGCCGAGACCUCUCUACGGCGGAGGAAGAUACGAUAUAUGAAGCCGCUCAAGAUAGAGGAGAUGGUGGCGAAGAAGCUGGCGCUGUGGCACACCACGACGUUCCGGCCCAUCAUCACCCACGACGAGCUGGAGCCCAUCAUGGCCUCCGCCGGCUUCGUCCCGCUCCCCGUGGCGGCGGCUCCUCCGUCGUCGCCCCAGGGGGCGCAGCAGACGCCGUUGGCGUGGAGGGAGUACGCGUCCCGGUCGGAGGCGGCGUGCCGAGGGAGAGAGAGAGGGAGAGGGAGGAGGAGUCUGGUGGCGCCGCCCCGGCCGCGGCUGCCGUACCCUCGGAUCGACGGCCUCCACCUGAUGGCGUAUAAGGCUUUCCUUCUGGCCCUCGAGUUCUACCUCGGCCCCACCUUCGUCCCCGACCUCUUCCACGUCAGGACGAUGUCGCUAACGAGAGUGCAUGACCGGGUGUUUGAGAAAGCUUAUCGCCCCAUGAAGGACUGCGAGAUGGAUGAGGAAGGAAUCGUCGUGUACCGGGAAGGAACGCUGGACUGCCAAACGAGGAUGGUUUGCAGUCAGUACAGCAGCGAUGAUGUCGACGACACCCGCAGCUGUACGGAUAACUCCAUAGAAAGGAAGAGAGAUUGUACCGAUGAUGUUGAUAAUGCUGCCGACUUAUCUUGUUUGGUUCCGCUGAAGGAUCUAUUCCCAAGUAGGGAUAAGAGCACAAGUUGACAUAUUUUUCCCUUCUUUUUUGCCGAUCUGAAUCCUCCUUGACAAUUUCAUGUGUUGGAUGUGUGUGUGUGGUAAUGGUGCAUUCAAGACAACGAAGCUGUUUGUCAUCUGCUCCAAAGAAUUAGAGCUCCAACUAAGUUGGGUCUAUGGAUUCAUUCUAUUCUUUUUCUCA